AUGUUUACAGUUCAUAGAUCAUACAACGCCCUUGAGGACAUUAAUCCUUUACUACGGUCACGUGUUUUGGUGGAUAACAAGAUAUGUUUCCCUAAACCAUGGGUGAGAGUUGUUGCUAUGACGACCGUUACAGAACGCAUUCAGAGAUUAAACAUUAACAAAGUUUUUCCUUUCCUAAUUCCUUUUUCUGACGAUUCCUUUUUAUUCUUUGUAUCUUUCUUGGUUUCUUUUCCUCCUCCUCUUCAUUAUUUUCUUCACUUUCCUUCUCGGUCACUUCAUGUUUUUUUUGUUUUUUUUAUUCCUUGUCGCUUUCUUUUUAUUUUUCUCUUUUCUUUCCUUUCUAGAACUGCCACUAUUUUCCCGCUGUACUUUCUCUUUUUUUUUCAUUUUCAACGCUUUCUUAUCUUUUUUCAGUUUCUUUCUCGGCAUUUUCUUCUUCUUCUUCUUCUUCUUCUUCUUCUUCUUCUUCUUCUUCUUCUUCUUCUCGUGUUCUCCGCCUCCUCCUCCUCCUUCUUCUUCUUCUUCUUCUUCUUCUCCUUCUUCUUUUUCUUCUCAUUUUCCUCCUCCUCUUUCUUCUUCUUCUUCUUCUUCACCUAUUCCUCCUUCUGCUUCUCCUCCUCCUCCUCAUUCUUCUUUUCCUCCGCUUCUUCUUCUUCUUCUUCUUCUUCUUCUUCUUCUUCUUCUUCUUCUUCUUCUUCCACUCCACCGCCUCCUCCUCCUCCUACUUCAAAAUUUCAUCUCAUUUCACGUCGUGUUACUUCUUGUCUCCUUUCCCACCCAAUUCUCCUUCCUCAUUCUCUGCGUCCGCAACAAUUCCUUCUCUUCAGCCAUAUUCGUUUACAUGGUUGCAGACUUAUACGAAGAACUAAGCAAAUAGUUUGCCUUUUGACACAGUUUCUCCCCUCUUUCUCUUUCUUUUCUCUUUUUCUUUCUUUUUCCCCUCUUUCUUUUCUUUUUUCUAUCCCUUUUCCUUUCGCUCUUUCUUGUUUCUCUCCUUUCUUUCUUCUUUUCUACUUUCUUUUAUUUUUCUUUUUUUUCCAUCCUUUCUUUCUUUUCUUCUUUUUCUUUAUUUCUUUCGUUCUUUCUUUCUUUCUGUCAUGA